GGGUAAUGCACUUGAAAAAAAAGCGUGUGCAUUCCAGUGGAUAUUAAUGACACGGUAUCGACUAAGACAGCGCGAUGAUAGUGGACGUAUGGCACAACUAUCCACUCACAAGCCAUCAAUGAGUGAUACUGGCAAGUUCUGUGACGCGUGACAGACACACAGCCACCAAGGUUUCCGGGCAAGCACCUCAAGACCUGUACGUCGUCAAUAUCUUUCCUUGCGUGGCCGUAUUGACCCUCUCUCCCUUCCACAGUCGCCCACCUCGUGAGUAGGCCCUGCUUGAUCUUUGAAGCCGCCUCCCGACGCCUUGUAUAGUCAUCCAUGGCUCCCAAACUCGACCCGAACGAGAUAAAAAUCAUCUACCUGCGUGCGACUGGUGGUGAAGUCGGUGCCUCAUCCGCACUCGCUCCCAAAAUCGGUCCUCUUGGUUUGUCCCCCAAGAAGGUUGGUGAAGAUAUCGCCAAAGCCACCUCUGCCUGGAAAGGUCUCCGAGUCACUGUUCAACUCACCAUCCAAAAUCGGCAAGCGGCCGUCUCCAUCGUUCCCUCCGCCUCCUCUCUUGUCAUCCGGGCCCUCAAGGAGCCCCCACGCGACCGCAAGAAGGAGAAGAACAUCAAGCACUCCGGAAACAUUCCUCUUGACGAGAUCUUUGAGAUUGCCCGCACCAUGAAAUCCAAGUCCCUGGCGAAGGACCUGUCUGGGUGUGCGAAGGAGAUUCUGGGAACCGCCCAGAGUGUGGGUUGCACCGUCGAGGGUCGACCGCCCCAUGAUAUCAUCGACGACAUCAACUCGGGCGAGAUUGAGGUUCCGGAAGAGUAGACUGUUGUUGUAGCCUAUCAUCAACUUUUUUCGACAGACUGGUUACCCCGUGCAUCAUGGAGACACAUUUCAACUCCCUCGAACUGCUGCUCUAGAACGCAUGAUCUCGGGCCCAAAGCAUUGUCAUCAGAACCCAUUGGAUCGAUGCUGAGUGAUUGAACAAUCUACAUGAUUUGCUCGUGCGAGAAAUAUCGGUUUCCUGCUGGAUAUGAUCGUUCGAACUAGUUGAAGAUUGGAACGCGAAU